AUGCAGCUCGUGGGUAGAGCUCCAACCAUCUUGCCGCGCCUCUCCGUCCCGUCGCUGCUCUCGUCUUCCGCCAGCUCGUCGUGGUCGCAUCCCACCCGAUCAUACCAAAGGAACCUCGCAAGCAUGGCGCCUACUCCCAUCCUGCUCGCCCCGGAGCGCGCUCGAGCUUCGGGCAUCACGCUGGCCGACCAUGAGUCCGCCUUCCGCGAGAACUCGGCGACCAUCGUCAUGCCGUCCGCCGAGGCGGCCUUCCUCAACCCCGUGCAGGAGUUCAACCGCGACCUCUCGACGCUCGCCAUCCGCACAUGGAGUGAGCAGCUGGACGCCGAGAAGAAGGCACGCUUCCUGAAAGCCGCACAGCGAAAGAGCACCACGAACAGCAAGGGCAAGGGAAAGCGCAAGGGAGCUCAGGCCGCAGCCGCGGCUGCAGAUGAUGCGGACCAAGCGGCCGACGAGCAGCCCGAUGCUAAGAAGGCGCGAGUUGACGAGAACGGCAACGGCUUGGCCACAGCUACGGCUGUCGCGGCCGAGGAAGCUAGCUCGAGCGUGGUCGAGGCGCUCAAUCCCGAGGACGACUACCGUAGCUACAGGUUCACGCUGCUGGAGGCGCUGAGUGCGACAGGCCUGCGCAGCAUUCGAUAUGCCAAGGAGAUUCCACUUUUGCGGUGGGUGCUGGCCAACGACCUCUCGCCCACGGCCGUCGAGGCGAUGAAGCGCAAUGUUGCGCUCAACUUCCCACCAGAUCGUCCCAUCGACGAAUGGAUCGUCUCCGAGGCCGGCAACGAGGCCACGCAUGACCAGGACAUGGACGAGGAUGCUCUGGCGGCUUUGGAAGACGAGGCUCGUGCUGGCGCGAUCGCACCCGCGCCAGCCAAAGACGAGACGGAAACACCAGCAGCCCCAUCGAACGAGAUUUCGCCGAGCACGCCUGCAGCUGCAGCUGCCAUCCACCCGGACUGCAAGGUGAGGAUGAACGCAGGCGACGCCAUCACGCUCAUGUACACGCACCGCGAGCCGCACAAGCGCUUCGACGUGGUCGACCUUGACCCGUACGGUUCGGCCGCACCAUUCAUCGACG